AAACUAAUCGGAAAAUCAACAUGACACGUCGUGCAAGUUAUAUUAACAUAGGAACAGAAGAUAAGAAGCAAGAAGCAAACGAACCUAAACACGAUGGUGAGGGAGGUAGUGAAGAACCCGGCGAGGAGGAUGACCUGUUCGAGAUAAACCUGGAUGCCGUGAAUGAUACGACGUCGUCUCCGCCGUCGUAUGAUUGGCAGAGAUUCCCGGCGAGGACAGGCAGCGUUUUACUGGCGAACUGUCUGUUACCAGCUGCUGACAUCUCUUGUGCCGUGCCUGCAACGUCAAGGGCUUGGAGUGAUUUGGUUUCGUUUAGAAUGUUUCUCUAUGUUGAAAAUAUAGGGAUUGAGAGUAAAGAAGCUUAAUUAUUUUUGAAUAAGAAUAUACUGAUGAUAUUUAUCUUGUAGUACUUAGAAUUGUAUUUGUUAGGAGAGUUUAUGGAU